CCACCGCUGAGCCGCUGUCUUGGCGUGUAAACAACAUCUGCAGUCACAGCGCCGACAUGAAGCCGCUCUGGUGCUCCGUGCUGUUGCUCUGCCUCUCCGUCCGCUCAGAGAGAAUUGCAAUCUUUGGAGAGGCUGGCAAGAACAUCACUUUGACGUGUUCCUUUCAAAGUCCACGAGGCAGUGGCGGCUUCGCCGGGUUAUACCUGUACCACAAGUUUCGUGCUAAUGAGGAAGAAGUGUUUUUCGUCAACAAAUACACCCCCAAAAAAGCUGUGCCACGGAAAAACUACGAGGGCAGGUUUCAGACCGAGGGAACGUUCAACAAACUGAACAUCAUCAUCGGCAACCUGACCGUGAACGACAGCGGCUACUACAGAUGCGUGUACAAAAUAAACUCCAGCACUAACGACCUGCGCAACACCUACGCCGUUUUUAUCACAGGUCUGUAUGGAUCCUGCUGUACGCAAAAGGAACAGCCUCCUUCAUUUAAAGCUGACAAGUGUCUGCCCCUGUCCUACUACUUCAUCAUCUCCUGCGUCAUCAGCGCUGUCAUAACGACGACCUUCCUCCUGCUCUUAAGGGCGAAGAGAUGGCGGAAUAAGAGAAGAUCGAGGAGUGAGCAAAUAGUCUCCAAUGACUGCGUGUAUGAAGAAAUGAGGAAGAGCGACGUCCCCAAGGCCGACAGUCCGCCCCAAUCCUCCUAAAAUGUGGCCACUGGUGCAUCACAAGUGACAUCUCCUUCAUGAGUCUUUGAGUCAUGUCCGUCAACUCCGGACAUGUGAAAGAAUACUGACAUUAAAGCUAUUGUUUUUCUUUUUUCUUUCUUAAUUGCGUAUUUAACUGAUUAAAUGACCCGAUGGCUUAAAAGUCCAGAAGCUGACCCAGAAGUACGGCCAAACCAGCGAGACAAGAGUUAAAUGCUCAGUGACUGAAGCAGGCUGGGUGUGAAAAAUGCUGCUUUUGUUAUAUGUGACAAAGAAUACCCACCACCUCCAGGGUUUUUGUGUGUUUUUGCAGAAAAGAAGUGAGUUUAUUUUUGUGAGUGUUUGCUAAUACGAAUUUAAUCAGUAUGAAAAAUGAGAAUGUUGAUUGUUGUUUAAAAAAAAAAGAAAAAAGGAACUGAAUGUCAUGUUUUCAAACUGUGUCUACUGAUUUGUGAUGUGGACUCAAACACAACGUUGACUUUUGUAAAGUGG